AUGAACAUGACAACCAAAAGCCCCUCAUCAUCAAGCCGUCGUCGAAGGCCGACAUUCGCAUGUGAGCCUUGCCGGCGGAAAAAGAUCAAAUGCGAUCGAAAUACUCCCUGCAACCAAUGCUCCCGGACCAAGUCUGAGUACUGCGUGUACUUACCAAACGAAGACAACGGAUUUCGCCAGCCAUGCCAUGGUAUCAUGAAGAGAAGUCACAUUUCCCGCAAUAGACAAAGCUCCAAAGGUCACGGGGUUACACAUGGAGCGCUCAGAGUAAACGCUUCGCAACGACCAACUUUCGAGAAAAGCCACAGCCCUGUUUCGGGAGCUUCCACACCCACCCAGCACACUUUGGAUGAAGAGUGGCAAGAUGAUCAUAUGGAUGCCGCAAGUGAGCAUUUGUCAUUGCGCGGCGUAUUCGUAGACUCCCAGUUCUUUGGACCCAGUCACUGGAUGUCUAGUAUUGUCCACUUUCACAAGGUGCAUGCUAUACAGCGCGCAUACAAAGACGGACCCGGGAGUCAGAUCUACUCACAAUGCAGAGACCUUGGCGGAUUUGUCACACAGAACAAUACGCCUCCGCUUACCUGUGCGCUGCAAUCGCUUGUCCCAGAACGCGAAAUCAGCGAACAACUCAUCCAAGCAUAUCUUCGAACCUUUGAAUCAGUACUGCGUAUCCUGCACGUUCCGACCUUCCUCGUCCAAUGCCAGAGGUUCUGGAAGCGGCCUGAGGACACUACUUCGGAAUUUACACUCCAGCUGCUCAUGGUUCUCGCGAUUGGGGCGACGUUCACCCCGAAGCUCGAUACGAGCCGGCACGACCCUUUGAACUGGAUAUCCGCCGUCGAAAAUGCAUUCCGACUUCUCGAAGAGAAGAGUCGAGCCAGUAUCAAAGGCUUACAAACACUCUGUUUGAUACUGCUUGCACGGCAGGUGAAUCCAAUUGCCGCUGGCGCAGAUCUAGCUGGCAUCUCCGCGGACUGUCUAUGGCGAGUGGCCACGAAGAUUGGGCUUCACAUUGAUGGUCGACUGGGACCAAAGAGGUCCUUCUACGAGCAGGAAAUUCGCAGACGACUGUGGGCGACCGUCUUGGAGCUGACCCUGCAGUCCAGUAUGGCCCUUGGAGUCCCACCGAUUAUGUCGACGCAUGAAGUGGACUUUGAUCUUCCCCUCAACGUAGCCGACGAGCAGUUUGAUGAGCAGACGACAAUAUCCCCCGAGCCCAAGCCAGCAGACAGACUCACACAUACUUCCCAUCAGAUCGCCUUGAUGAAGUCUUUCCCUGUGCGUCUGGAAAUCGCGUGCUUCGUCAAUGAUCCUCAUACCGAAGGCUCAUAUAAAGAGGCACUGCAGCUCAGCGUGCAGCUCAGCUCGCAUUACAAUACUCAUUGCGUUCCAUUCGACGGGGAAACCAAGCAUCAGUCGUUGAGAUUCGCGGAUCGGUUAAUGGACAUGCUCAUGCAUCGAUUCCUCUUGGCUCUCCAUGCUCCAUUCGCCCUCAGAGCCAACCUGGAUCCGACUUUAUAUUUCUCGCGUAAGAUGGGAUUGGAGACGGCCCUCUCAAUCCUCGACCGCUGCCUCGAAUCCGAUGACGACGAUUACACCCGCGCCAUGUCAAUGGGGAAUGGAAUAUUCGACAGCACGCCCAUUCUAGCAGCUUCCAUUAUAGGCGCCGAACUUCUAGGCCAACUCGAAGGUGGCAGUCCGAAUUUCUCUUACAUUUCUGGGUAUGAGGGACAAGGACCCCUUCGAAAAGCCUUUGACAAACUUCUGGAUCUACUCUCCAAACGCAUUAGAUUUGGGAAACCUAAUAUCGACGCCUUUAUACUUUGCGCAGGACUCAAAGCUCAAAUCGAYGCUUCCAUAGCCGGCCAGUCUCCGGAUGUCGCUAUCAGCGCGGCGUUGGAGACUCAUUUAUCCCAGGCGCUCGACUGGCUGCAGGAAAGAAUGUCUAGCUUACAUAUCUUUGACUCGCUGUUUGAGUCUGUUGAUCCGACUUUGAUGAGUGAUGGGUUGAAUUGGGAUAAUCCAUUGGGAACGCAGGACUAUUGGGCGACAAACGCUGUUGGGGAUUCGCAUGGUAUUCUGUCCGCUUCAUGA